CUUCGCGGCUGUGUGAUGUCACCGUGUCCGGCUCCUCCGAAGGAACCCGCGCGGCCGGGGCCGGCCCGUCCAGCAGCGCGGGGCGCGCUCGCCGCGGCCCUGCUGCCCCGCGCCAUGGAGCCGGUGCUCCUCUGCAGCCGGUCUGGGUCCCAGCAGGCGUUCCCCGAGAUGUGGCCGGCCUCGAGUCCCGAGGAGGAGCUCUACGACUGCCCCGACGAGCACUACCUGCGCGACUUCCCGGCCUGCGGGGCCGGGCGCAGCAAGGGCCGGACUCGGCGCGAGAGGGAGCAGCGCGCCAACUGGACGGUGCCCGGCGGCCACGAGCGCAAGGUCGCCCAGAAGCUGGUCAACAGCCAGCGCAAGCGGCGCCAGCGGCAGCUGCAGCCCCGGCCACGCACCCGUCUUGCAGAGCGCUGGUGCGUGUGCUCCGCGGGGCAGAGUGGGGCCUUGGACACGGCGGAGCAAUCCUGUACCCCCCACGGGCUCGGCUAG